GUUUUCUGUCUAGUCUCGCACAUGAUGUUUGUUGUUUGUUAGCACUGCUUUUAUUUUGUUGUUUUCCUAUCAAAAUUCCUUUUUUUGUUUUCGACACUCCUCCGGCAAAAAGACAUCCAAGGAAAUUCAAUGUUUAACUAAGGCGAAAGAAAGGGAAACUAAGAAGCUCGCUCUUUGCAGUGCAGUGUAUACGGAAGAUUCGAGCAUCUUGAGAGCGUGAAUUAUGUGACUACAGCAGCGGCAAAGCAGGAAGGGACAGCGCACGACUUUAGCAAUCGUUUCGAGCGCAGUACCCGAAACUCAACCUCCCCCAACCCCCCUCACGCCAUUGACCCCCGAUCCAAUCAUUCAACCAUGGCCAUUCAUGAGCAGAUCGAUAACCUGAACAUCUGGUGGUUUCCACGCGACUUUUGCCAGUCACGUUUCGGGGAGUAUCAACAGAGCGGCACCAAUUCAUGCACACUCAUCUCAUUAAUACUCGCGGACAAGGUGGCCAAAUCGGAGCGGUUCUAUCACCGUGUGGCAGAGUUGCCACCCCGCGGAUGGGAGUUGUUUGGCAAUGCGAUGAACGAUGGCAACAGUGUCUAUCACAAUGUCAUCACUGCGCACACGCCGAUGGCAAGAAAUCUGAAUUUGAAUAUACCAGACGCGAUAUCGGCGAUACGAUCACAGCAUAAAAUGAACUUUCGACUGGAGGAGUGGUUCUACACCCACAUGGAGGCCGAUCCCAGCAAUCCCAUGUACAAUCGCAGUGUGGCCAUGCAAUUGUCGCGCAUCUUUCAAAUCACGCUACAGGUCUUCCAGCAGGCGGGCACCAACAGUGGUCGCGAUAUGGCAUCGCAUCUCUUUGCCGCCAUCAUUGCCGACAGUCGCACGGUGAUGAUGACCUUUGAUUUUCGUGCCUCGAUUGUGGCGCUCUUUGAUUCCCAUCAGCAUGGCCGGGAUGCUGGCGCUGUUUUUGCCCAGUGCACCAUACAAAAUAUGGAUGAUUUGCUAUUUUGGUUUAUCAGCAUGCUUCACAAUGUCUAUUCCAGCCGGCCAGCCCUCUUUGAGAUCUCGUUCCUCAGCUCACAGCCGGGCGUGGCCAAGCGCAUUCCUCCGGCCAUCAAGAAGGUUACCAACGACGUUAAAAAGUCGCAGAAGACGCACUCGUAGUUAAUAACAAUGAUACGUUAUUCAUUCCCAUAGCACUAGCAGACUGAGUUUCGUAUUUUAUCAAAUUUUAGUAUUGGGUAAGCAAGUUUAAGAAUUGAGAAAAGAAGAGCAAACAAGCAACCAAAUUUCAAGUCUAAAUUAAUAAAAAAAAAAUACAAAUAGCAAACUAGGCAGAAAUUCAA